AGCUGGGGGAAGGAGCCCCACAGUUCCUGGGAAAUUCGGCUGGGAGAAAGAGGGAGAGGGGGAAACAGCUCCCCGCAGGAGGGGAGCGGGGAAGGGCAGGCAGCCCGGGGUGGCUCAUGCCAGAGGGGGGCGAGGAGAGGGCUCGGUGGGCAAAGGCGAGGAAUAAGGACAGUUUCGACACAGCAGUAAUUGGGCAGCCAGCCGCACCGGGGUGCAGAGCAGCGGAUCCCAGGAAGAGCAGGGAGCCUCCAGGAAUACAGAUCAGGAGCUGGGCACUUGCUGUGGAUGUUAAUGCAUCGGGGGGCCGGGCGGAUCGCCUCUCCCUAACUCCGAGGAGGCGCAGGGGGGCGGGAGGCUGUCCGCCCCCCAAGGAGACGGACAGGAGCGGACCUUGAGGUUUGAACCAUGUGAAGAACCUCGCCAGGGCAAGGGACACAUAUAGGGAGCUUGGAAGUUCACCCUCCCCUUUCUCUUCUCCCCUGCCCCAGGAUGGAUCAGAGGAAGAACUGGCCUCGGAUGCUGGACUCCGAUGGCUGGUCAGCAGCUGUGGUUUUUCUCUUUUUGGUCUCACUUUCCCGGAACGCAGCCAGUACUGCCCUGUUCAACACCUUCCACUCAGAGAACCGCGACUGGACUUUCAACCACCUGACCGUCCAUCAGGGCACCGGGGCAGUCUACAUUGGAGCCAUCAACCGGGUUUACAAGCUCUCAGGUAACUUGACCAUCCUGGUGGCUCACAAGACAGGCCCGGAGGAGGACAACAAGUCCUGCUACCCGCCCCUCAUUGUCCAGCCUUGCAGUGAGAUCCUCACCCUCACCAACAACGUUAACAAGCUGUUGAUCAUUGACUACUCAGAGAACCGGCUGCUGGCCUGCGGGAGCCUCUACCAGGGCGUCUGUAAGCUGCUGCGGCUGGACGACCUCUUUAUCCUGGUGGAGCCGUCCCACAAGAAGGAGCACUACCUCUCUAGCGUCAACAAGACAGGCACCAUGUAUGGGGUGAUCGUGCGCUCCGACGGCGAGGACGGCAAGCUCUUCAUCGGCACUGCAGUGGAUGGCAAGCAGGAUUACUUCCCCACCCUCUCUAGCCGCAAGCUGCCGCGGGACCCGGAGUCAUCAGCCAUGUUGGAUUACGAGCUCCACAGCGACUUUGUCUCAUCGCUCAUCAAGAUCCCCUCGGACACGCUGGCCCUGGUCUCACACUUCGACAUCUUCUAUAUCUACGGGUUCGCCAGCAGCAAUUUCGUCUACUUCCUGACGGUGCAACCGGAGACCCCCGAGGGAGUCUCCAUCAACUCGGCCAACGACCUUUUCUACACGUCUCGCAUCGUCCGCCUCUGUAAGAAUGAUCCCAAGUUUCACUCCUACGUCUCGCUGCCCUUUGGCUGCAUCAAGGGGGAUGUGGAGUACCGCCUCCUGCAAGCGGCUUAUCUCUCCAAGCCAGGGGACGUGCUGGCCAAUGCCCUCAACAUCACAGCCCAGGAUGACAUUCUUUUUGCCAUCUUCUCCAAGGGGCAGAAGCAGUAUCACCAGCCUCCUGAUGACUCGGCUCUUUGCGUUUUCCCCAUCCGCACCAUCAACAGCCAGAUCAAGGAGCGCCUGCAAUCCUGUUACCAGGGGGAAGGCAACUUGGAGCUCAGCUGGCUCCUGGGGAAGGAUGUCCAGUGCACCAAAGCACCAGUCCCGAUAGACGACAAUUUUUGCGGGCUGGACAUUAACCAGCCACUGGGAGGCUCCACACCCGUGGAGGGGGUGACCCUCUUCACCGCCAGCCGUGACCGGAUGACCUCGGUCGCUUCGUACGUCUACAACGGCUACAGUGUGGUGUUCGUGGGGACCAAGAGUGGCAAGCUGAAGAAUUCAAUAUGAAAUGGUCUCAGUUUUCAAGGACGGGAGCCCUAUCCUUCGAGACAUGGCCUUCUCCACCGACCAGAAGUAUCUGUAUGUCAUGUCGGAAAGACAGGUGUCCAGGGUUCCUGUUGAAUCCUGUGAGCAAUACACCACCUGUGGGGAAUGUCUGAGCUCAGGGGACCCUCACUGUGGCUGGUGCACUCUUCACCACAUGUGCUCCCGGAAGGACAAGUGCGAGCGAGCAGAUGAGCCGUACCGAUUUGCAGCCAGCAUCAACCAGUGUAUGAGUGUCACUGUGCAGCCCAGCAGCAUCUCUGUGUCUGAGCACAGCCUUCCGCUCAGCCUGCUGGUGAGUGAUGCUCCAGACCUGUCAGCUGGAAUCACCUGUUUGUUUGGAAACCUCACUGAGGUGGAAGGCCAAGUUUCCGGCAGCCAGGUUGUCUGCGUUUCACCGGCCCCUAAAGAUGUCCCCGCCAUUCCUGUGGACCAAGACUGGUUCGGGUUGGAGCUCCAGCUGAAAUCCAAGGAGACAGGCAAGAUGUUCGUCAGCACGGAGUUCAAAUUCUACAACUGCAGUGCUCACCAAUUGUGCCUGUCUUGCGUGAACAGCGCUUUCCGCUGCCAUUGGUGCAAAUAUCGGAACCUUUGCACUCAUGACCCCACAACUUGCUCGUUUCAGGAAGGACGGAUCAAUAUUUCUGAGGACUGUCCACAGCUGUUUCCCACAGAAGAGAUUCUGAUCCCAGUAGGGGAGGUGAAGCCCAUCACACUGAAAGCCAGAAACCUGCCCCAGCCCCAAUCUGGCCAGCGUGGGUAUGAAUGUGUCCUCAACAUUCAAGGAGUUAUUCAUCGUGUGCCAGCUCUGCGCUUCAACAGCUCCAGCGUCCAAUGCCAGAACAGUUCGUAUCUCUAUGACGGGAUGGACAUAAGCAACUUAGCAGUGGAUUUUGCUGUGGUUUGGAAUGGAAACUUCAUUAUUGACAACCCAGAGGAUUUGAAAGUUCACCUGUACAAAUGCGCCGCCCAGCGGGAGAGCUGCGGCCUGUGCCUGAAAGCAGAUCAGAAGUUCGAAUGCGGCUGGUGCAGCGGAGAGGCCAAGUGCACGCUCCGGCAGCACUGCAGUUCCCCCAUUCACCCUUGGCUCGACUGGUCCAGCAGGAACGUCAAGUGCUCCAAUCCCCGCAUCACCGAGAUCCUGACAGUGUCAGGGCCCCCAGAAGGAGGGACGCGGGUGACGAUCCAUGGCGUGAACCUGGGGCUGGAUUUCUCUGAGAUUGCCCACAACGUGCAGGUGGCGGGGGUGCAGUGCACUCCCCUGCAGGAGCAGUACGUCAUCGCGGAGCAAAUUGUGUGUGAGAUGGGGCAGGCACUCCCAGGGAUCAGUUCCGGUCCAGUGCGCCUCUGCAUCGGAGAGUGCAAACCUGAGUUCAUGGCCACAUCCUCACAACAGUACAUGUUUGUGAAUCCAGCGGUGAGCUCCCUGAGCCCUAGCCGCGGCCCAGAGUCUGGAGGGACCAUGAUGACCAUCAGUGGCCACUACCUGGGUGCCGGCAGCAGCGUGUCUGUGUUCCUGGGAAACCAGACCUGCGAAUUCUAUGGGAGGUCCAUGAAUGAGAUUGUGUGUGUCUCUGCUCCGUCAGCACAUGGCUUGGGCCCCAUCCAUGUCUCUGUCAGUGUGGACCGGGCGCAGUUAGAGAGCACUCUGGAAUUUGAAUACAUUGAUGACCCCAGAGUGCAGCGCAUCGAACCUGAGUGGAGCAUAGCCAGCGGACACACGCCUCUGACAGUCACGGGGUCCAACCUGGAUGUGAUUCAGGAGCCAAGGAUCCGUGUGAAGUACAAUGGCAAGGAGUCUGUCAAUGUCUGUAAGAUUGUGAACACAACUACCCUGACUUGCUUAGCUCCACCCCUCACUCCUGAGUACCGACCUGGCUUGGAUGCUGUCGAGCGACCGGACGAAUUUGGCUUUGUCUUUAACAACGUGCAAUCCCUGCUGAUCUAUAAUGACACUAAGUUUAUUUACUACCCAAACCCAACAUUUGAGCUUCUGAGCCCUACUGGGGUUUUGGAUCAGAAGCCGGGAUCGCCCAUCAUCCUCAAGGGCAAAAAUCUGUGCCCACCAGCUUCCGGAGGAGCAAAGCUAAACUACACUGUCCUGAUUGGAGAUACCCCCUGUGCUGUCACUGUGUCUGAGACCCAACUGCUGUGUGAGCCCCCCAACCUCACCGGGCAGCACAAAGUUAUGGUGCACGUGGGCGGCAUCGUCUUCUCCCCUGGCUCGGUGAAUGUGAUCUCGGACAGUCUGCUGACCUUGCCCGCCAUCGUCAGCAUUGCGGCGGGAGGCAGCCUGCUUCUCAUCAUUGUCAUCAUCGUCCUCAUCGCUUACAAGCGCAAGUCCCGGGAGAACGACCUCACCCUCAAGAGGCUCCAGAUGCAGAUGGACAACCUGGAGUCUCGGGUGGCCCUGGAAUGCAAGGAGGCUUUUGCGGAGCUGCAGACAGACAUCAAUGAAUUAACCAGUGACCUGGAUCGCUCCGGGAUCCCAUACCUUGAUUAUCGGACAUAUGCCAUGAGGGUCCUUUUCCCUGGCAUUGAGGACCACCCCGUCCUGCGUGAGCUGGAGGUCCAAGGGAACGGGCAGCAGAAUGUGGAGAAGGCCUUGAAGCUCUUUGCCCAGCUAAUCAACAACAAGGUGUUUCUGCUGACAUUCAUCCGGACCCUGGAGCUGCAGCGUAGCUUCUCCAUGCGCGACCGUGGCAACGUGGCUUCCCUUAUCAUGACAGGCCUGCAGGGAAAGCUGGAAUACGCAACUGACGUGCUGAAGCAGCUGCUCUCAGACCUGAUUGAGAAGAACCUGGAGAAUAAGAAUCACCCCAAACUGCUCCUGCGCAGGACCGAGUCUGUGGCUGAGAAGAUGUUGACUAACUGGUUUGCCUUCCUCCUCCAUAAAUUCUUAAAGGAGUGCGCUGGGGAGCCGCUCUUCAUGCUGUACUGUGCCAUCAAGCAGCAGAUGGAGAAGGGCCCUAUCGAUGCCAUCACAGGGGAGGCACGCUAUUCUCUGAGUGAGGACAAGCUGAUCCGGCAGCAAAUUGAGUACAAAACAUUGAUCCUGAACUGUGUGAACCCCGAUAACGAGAACAGCCCAGAGAUCCCCGUGAAGGUGCUGAACUGCGACACCAUCACUCAGGUCAAAGAGAAGAUUCUGGAUGCGGUGUACAAAAACGUCCCCUAUUCCCAAAGGCCAAGGGCUGUCGACAUGGACUUGGAGUGGCGGCAAGGCCGGAUAGCUCGUGUGGUCCUGCAGGAUGAAGACAUCACCACCAAGAUUGAGGGCGACUGGAAGCGGUUAAACACCCUGAUGCAUUAUCAGGUGUCAGACCGCUCUGUGGUGGCACUCGUUCCUAAACAGACCUCCUCUUAUAACAUCCCCGCCUCUGCCAGCAUAUCUCGAACCUCCAUUAGCAGAUACGAUUCAACAUUCCGGUACACCGGCAGCCCAGACAGCCUCCGCUCCAGGGCACCCAUGAUCACCCCUGACCUAGAGAGCGGAGUGAAAGUCUGGCACCUAGUCAAAAACCAUGACCAUGGAGACCAAAAGGAGGGCGACCGGGGCAGUAAGAUGGUGUCUGAGAUCUACCUGACUAGGCUCCUAGCGACAAAGGGUACGCUGCAGAAAUUCGUGGAUGACUUGUUCGAGACCUUGUUCAGUACUGUGCACCGAGGCAGCGCGCUCCCACUGGCCAUAAAAUACAUGUUCGAUUUCCUGGAUGAGCAAGCAGAUAAGCACGGCAUCCACGACACAGAUGUGAGGCACACCUGGAAGAGCAAUUGCCUCCCUCUCCGGUUCUGGGUGAACGUAAUCAAAAACCCCCAGUUUGUGUUCGAUAUCCACAAAGGCAGCAUCACAGACGCCUGCCUCUCUGUCGUCGCCCAGACCUUCAUGGACUCCUGUUCCACCUCAGAGCACCGCCUGGGCAAGGACUCCCCCUCCAACAAAUUGCUCUAUGCCAAGGAUAUCCCCAGCUACAAGAGCUGGGUAGAAAGGUAUUAUGCAGACAUUGCAAAGCUCCCAGCCAUCAGUGACCAGGAUAUGAAUGCCUACCUCGCGGAGCAGUCGCGCCUGCAUGCCAUUGAGUUCAACAUGCUGAGCGCGCUCAAUGAAAUCUACUCUUAUGUCAGCAAGUACAGUGAAGAGAUCAUCGGGGCACUGGAGCAAGAUGAGCAGGCGCGCAGGCAGCGCUUGGCAUACAAAGUAGAACAGCUUAUCUGUGCCAUGUCUAUCGAGAGCUGAAGAAAGGAGAUGGUGCUCCUAGGACCAGGAGAAGGAACUAGUUACUCUUGGGAACGAAGAGUAUGAACAAGCAAGGAAGGCACUGGACCCAUAGAAAUACUGAAACAUCCUCUGGGGGAAGCAGGGAUUGUCCCGGAUAUUAAGUUCAAAAUCAUUUAGAUUCCAGUUUGAAAGGACAGCAAGAAGGACAGUGCAUCUCAAUGCAAAAUAGGGUCAAGCUGGAGUCAUUCUUCAAGUCAUAUGUGUGGAAGGAAGGAACCUGAGAAGUCUGGAUGCCUCCGUGACUGCUACUUUGCAUGAAAAUCAUUUGAUAUAUAUUAGGAAAUAAUGAAAACUGUAUUUAAAGGGUUUUAAAAAAAAAAGGGAAAGAAAAAAAAUUAAAGCAACCACAGUGGCCACACAGAUAAUUCAGCCAACAAAAUUCAAUUCCAAAUUCUCUCUCUCUCACUCGUCAGUUUCCUGUGGUGUGUGGCUCAGACAUUCUGCGAAUAGACUCCUACGCUAAUCCGAAAAAUUGGAAAAUGAAAUUAUUCCUGUUCCUGGGAACUUUUAAAAAAUAUGAGCACAAGUUUGCACCAAACCUUUUUACACAAAGGAAGAUAAUAGUUUAGCUGGAAAUAAAUCCAGUGGCACCAGAAAGAACUUGACCUGAAUUACAGAACCAUCAGAUCAUCUAACCUGUUUGUCUUGAAAUCCAGCUUUAUCUGUGUAUUUAUAUAGUGUCAAUAUAUAGAUAUUAUAUAUAUAUUUUUCAAAUCCCACAUACUGUUGAAUGAUGGUGGGUCUGAUUUUAAACAUUUUUCUCUUUUAUUUCCAUUCCAUUUCAACACACAGCUCCACUCCGGUGUAAAGAUUCCGCGGUAUUUUUGUUUGCUGCACUCGUGUUCCUGAAGAAUGUUCUGCCCUUCGUGGCGUUUGAAACUAAGGAAGUCAUAUACUGUUUAAACUGAAAUUGGUGCAUUGUAGGUUUCUACAGGUGCAAUUUAAGCAAAACCAAUUGGCUGAUCUUGUACAGUCGAGCAGAGCUGGGCUGAGACUGACUUAGUUGCUUGGGCUGUUAGUUGACUAGUGUUAUUUUGUUCCAGCCACAAUGUGAUUUCUUGCAGUAAAAAAAA